AUUUGACUCGUUGUAAUUGUUGUGAUUCCAAUUUUGGGCCGUCACCAACAAAAAAAAGACAAAAAACUAAAAAAUACUUUGUUUGCAAUUUGAGCUUCCAAAUUGUGUCCAGCUUCAUUGCCUGUUACAGUUGUGCUCUGUCCUAAAGAAAGCGUCUUGGUUUGUCGCCAUUUUCAGUAGAAAGAGUAUAGUAUAUUGGAAAGUCGGUGGCUGUAUCUACUUCCUAGUAUUUGACCGUUGGCGGUUGGUGAUUAGUAAUUCAAAAUUGCCCGUUUCGUUUAGCGGCCCUGGGAACGCGCCAAAAAAUACGUUUCGUAGUAACUGCUAGUCAUUUGACAAGAAUUUUACAGAGCCUUAGCUCUGCAAUUAAGUUUAUUUUAGAAUUUGGACAUCUACUAUUUGACUAUUUACUCACAUCUUUGAAUUUGAAAAAAAGAAAAACAAAUAAAAUUUUAUUCAACAAGAAAACUAUUCACACAUUCAACCAAGAUCUUGAGAUGAGCUUUCUGUUGUUUCAAAGUGGGAAUGGGUCUUGCGUCUAAUGGUGUCAGUAAAGUUGUCAAACAGACCACCAGUUUAGACGAGUCAACCAAAUCGGCUGAAUUUCUUCUGGUCUCCCAUUCACAUUAUGAAGAUUCUGACGGGGAAGAUGCCAAUCAUCCUGGCUCUAAAAAAAUUAAGCCUGUUGAUGGCCUAGUUCUCAAGACACCUAUAGCCUUUCAAAAGGACUCGGACCUGGAUAUGAUCCCAAUCCGUAAAGAGGGAAUGGCAGUUUGUGAAAAGUGCGGAGCAAUCGGCGUUAAACAUUCGUUCUACACUAAGGAGAGAAGAUUUUGUAGUCAAGCGUGUGCUAAAAGUUUCAACGAAAGCCCGCACAUGAGUUCUACCAAUUCAGAAAAACGUUUCAAUCUGCUACCCGGCCAGCAACCGACCAACAGAAAGUUGGGCCAACCAACUGAAGACAUUCAUGUAUAUUCAAACAAAAAGCGAUUGUUGCUGGCCAAAGAAACAGCUGGACCGGACAAAGACAAAUAUGGAUUCGAUUGGGUAGAAAUGCUUACGGAGCCGGGUUUCGUGACACCACCCAUCGCCUGCUUCCGUCAUUCUCCAUUAUGUGAUACCUGGUCUUCAGAUGUUAGCGUUGGCAUGAAGGUCGAGGUUGAAAACACAGAUACCCGACAGUCUACGGGCAGUAAUGAUCCACAAUCAUAUUGGGUGGCAUCUGUCAUUAGUUUGAUGGGUUACAAAGCCCUACUUCGCUAUGAAGGUUUUGGCACCGACGAUUCGAAAGAUUUUUGGGUCAAUCUUGCAGCCGAAGACGUGCAUCCAGUUGGUUGGUGUGCUUCUAAAGGCAAGCCGCUCAUUCCACCACGUACGAUCCAGGACAAAUACACCGAAUGGCGAGAAUUCUUGGUUAAACGAUUGACAGGUGCCCGUUCAUUGCCUAACCAAUUUCACGUUCGAGUGCUUGAGGCUUGUAGGUCGCGUUUCCGAGUAGGAAUGACUGUCGAACUCAUAGAUCGCAAUCGCCUGUCUAGCAUCAAAGUAGCUGUCAUUGACAUGAUUGUUGGUCGUCGGCUGUUCCUCCGUUACGAAGGCUCGGUUCCGGACGAAAUGGGGUUUUGCUGUCAUGAAGAAUCCAGUCUAAUCCAUCCAGUUGGCUGGGCUUAUACAGUCGGACAUCACAUCGAUGCCUUGCCAAGUUACCUUGAACGAUGUGCCAGAAAGGCGUAUUUGCCCAAUGAUGCCACACCCGAAUUAUUCAACGAGAUGAAACAGACAUCUGGCAAUGGAACUCAUAAAUUUAAAGAAGGCAUGAAGUUAGAGGCGGUUGAUCCACUCAACUUGGAUAACAUUUGUGUUGCAACUGUGGUCAAAGUCUUGCGGCAUGGAUACUUGAUGGUUCGCAUUGAUCGACAAGAGUUUGAUGCCAAUGGUGACCAGAUUGAUGACCCCGGCGUAUUCUGUUACCAUUCGAGUUCCGCUUGUAUCGCACCGCCUGGAUUUUGCGAAACCAACGCCAUCGCCUUAAAACCGCCAGAGAAUUACGAAGGACGUUUUCGCUGGGGUGAUUACUUACGCCAAACCAAAGCUACUGCUGCACCAGAAUCCCUUUUUGUCAGUCGAGACGAGAGCUUGCCACAGAUACGUGUUGGCAUGAGAGUCGAGGCGGCCGAUUUGAUGGAUCCACGUUUAGUCUGUGUUGCUACGUUUGCACAAGUUGCGGGCAGGCUCGUUAGAAUUCACUUUGACGGUUGGAGUGAUGACUUUGAUCAAUGGAUGGAUGUGUCUUCGGCCGAGAUCUAUCCAGUUGGUUGGUGUGAGUUGGCCGGCUACCGCCUUGAAACACCCAUUGCACCUGUUGUGGCACCAGUCGCCAAGAAAGGCAGGAAACCAGGAAGAGGUGGAAGAGGGAAAUCGAGAGGAGGUGGACGACACAGUGGUAGACCUCCGAGUUCGACUACACCUUCUCUCGGCGUCACUAAAAGAGAAAGGUCACCAUCCACGGAUUCUUCCAAGCCUCUUCGCGGCAAAGCCGCAAAACUUGUUCCCGCAUCGAUAAAAAAAUCUCAGGAAAGUCCAAGGAGUCUACGUUCUCGUGGUGGCCAAAAUCAAAAUUGUCCCUCACCGGCUGAUGAAGCCCCUACUGCCAUUCAAAACCAGUACCAACGGUCAAGCAGACGGAAAACAGAUACCGAAGAUGCAGAUAUUAGCAAUUCGAGUUUCGGUAGUCCCACGAAUGAGUCUUGGAAGUCCGGUUCGGUGCCGUCAUCCUCAGCAAUUGUCCAAAAAGUCCAAGAAAAUGGCUCAACAGGAGAAUCUAAAGAUGGCAGUGGAAAACGGAUUCCUAGACUUAUUGACGUUUCCGCAGCUAAUCGACGAGAAGCUCUUUCCGGUAUCGCUCCUCUUGAAUGGAAUUCUGAAGAUGUGGCUCAAUUCUUGAGAAUCAAUGACUGCACUGCCUACUGCGAUACAUUUACCAAAGCGUCGGUGGACGGCCCCGGACUUCUAUCACUGAGCAAAGACCAGGUGUUAAAGCUGACAAACAUGAAAUUGGGACCGUCGGUCAAGAUCUUCGACCUUGUCAGCCAACUUAAAUCAAAAGUUGGCUCCGUUCCCAACUCUCGUCAACAAACUGUUACCAAUUAGUCACCAGGACUUUUCUUUUCUGUUCGUUUACCUAGAAAUGACUACAGAAAGAUGUUAUUCCUCUUGUCUCACCUCCUUAUCGGUUCACAGAAGACUCUCCUACUUCCCUGCCAGCUUCGUCUAAUGCAAAAACAAGAUGAAAUUUUUGUUUCUUAGCUGUACAUGUAGCAACGUGUCCUUUGUAAGACAUCAUACACCCAUUUUGACUAACACCUGCACAUCUCCCGUGACGAAUGGGUGGAACCGUUGAAUCGGUUUCUUUCGUUGGCCCGAGCAACACAAACCUUUUCUUACUAACAACCAAAAAGAUCUUUUUUUAUUGAAAAAGAAUCAUAUUUGGUGACACACUUGAAAUUGAAUAAAAGUGUUCCUUUUGUGAUCAA